AUGGAAGGUACAGAACUGGGUGGCGACCAGCAAUUCUGUUUGAGAUGGAACAAUUUUCAAGCGAAUAUAACAUCUCAAUUCGAGGCGCUGCGCGACGAUGAGGAUUUCGUGGAUGUCACCCUGGCAUGCGAGGGACACAGGCUGGAAGCGCAUAAAGUGGUUUUAUCGGCGUGUAGUCCCUAUUUCAAGGAAUUAUUUAAAAAUAAUCCAUGUCCUCAUCCGAUAAUAUUUAUGCGAGAUUGCGAAGUGGCCCACGUUCGCGCCCUGCUGCAGUUCAUGUACGUCGGGCAAGUGAACAUAGCCCAGGCGCAACUCAGCGCUUUCCUAAGGACCGCCGAUGCUUUACAAAUCCGCGGCCUCACUGACUGCUCACAGCACAACGAUAAAAAAACAAAUAGAAAGUCUCCCCCCGUCGCAAUUGCGCAACCUGCUCAGCGCGAAGCCCUCACACUCUACCUCCUCCCCCAAAGUCGCAAGCCAAAAUGUCGAGUCGACGUCCGCCGAUGA